AUGCAUGAUGUGCCGCAGAAUCUUCUACAGCAGAUUAAGGACUUUGAGGAGAGGUUCACCGUGGAUCAGGCCACGCUAAAGAAGAUUGUGGCUCAUUUCGUCAAGGAGCUUGAGAAGGGUCUGACUGUAGAGGGUGGCAACAUCCCGAUGAACGUUACUUGGGUUCUGGGAUUCCCCGAUGGCAACGAACAAGGCACAUUCCUGGCCCUUGACAUGGGAGGCACCAACCUGCGUGUUUGUGAGAUUACCCUAACAGAUGCCAAGGGCGCCUUCGAUAUCACCCAAUCCAAAUACAAGAUGCCCGAGGAGCUGAGGACGGGUACCGCGGAGGAGCUGUGGGAAUACAUUGCCGACUGUUUGCAGCAAUUUAUCGAGUUCCACCACGAGGAUGAGAACUUGACAAAGCUUCCUCUGGGUUUCACCUUCUCUUACCCCGCUACCCAGGACUACAUUGAUCACGGUGUCUUGCAACGCUGGACGAAGGGAUUCGACAUCGACGGUGUUGAAGGCGAGGAUGUGGUUCCUCCCUUGGAGACUAUCCUGAAGAAGCGCGGUCUGCCCAUUAAAGUUGCUGCUCUGAUCAACGACACCACAGGUACUCUUAUCGCCUCUUCCUACACCGACUCAGAGAUGAAAAUUGGCUGUAUUUUCGGCACUGGAGUCAACGCCGCAUAUAUGGAGGAUGUUGGUUCCGUGCCUAAGCUCGCGCAUAUGGGGCUCCCCGCCGAUAUGCCUGUUGCUAUUAACUGUGAAUAUGGUGCCUUUGAUAACGAGCGUGUCGUACUCCCCUUGACCAAAUACGACGAGAUUAUUGACCGUGAUUCCCCCCGACCCGGUCAACAAGCAUUCGAGAAAAUGACUGCCGGUCUUUACCUGGGCGAGAUCUUCCGCUUGGCCCUCGUGGAUAUUCUCGACUCACACCCUGGCUUGAUCUUCAAGGAACAGGAUACCUCUAAGCUGCGCAAGCCUUACCUGUUGGACGCGUCAUUCCUCGCCAAUAUUGAGGAGGACCCCUAUGAGAACUUGACUGAAAGCUUGGAUCUCUUCGAGCGUGAACUGAACAUCCGUCCUACUCAACCCGAGCUGGAAAUGGUUCGCCGUCUAGCAGAGUUGAUUGGUACCCGUGCCGCUCGCUUAUCUGCUUGCGGUGUUGCUGCCAUCUGUACAAAGAAGAACAUCGAGUCCUGCCACGUCGGUGCUGAUGGCUCUGUUUUCACCAAGUACCCCCACUUCAAGGCUCGUGGUGCUCAGGCUCUCCGUGAGAUCCUGGAUUGGGCCCCUGAAGAGAAGGACAAGGUUACUAUCAUGGCUGCCGAGGAUGGAUCCGGCGUGGGUGCUGCGCUGAUUGCCGCUCUGACCCUGAAGCGCGUCAAGGCGGGUAAUCUGGCUGGUAUUCGCAACAUGGACGACAUGAAGACCCUGCUUUAA